AUGCAAAUUAAAAUAGAGAAAAAGAAAAAUUCUUUAUUUACUUAAGGCGUUAGUUAUGUAGUGUGGAAAACAAUAGUUAACAUCUUCAGCUUAUAUGCAAUUGUAUAAGUAUCGUUAGCCUUUUUCGAUGAACAAUAAUAUAAGUUUUAAAAUAAAGGAACAAUAUUUCUUUUAAUAAGACUGUUAAUAAUUGUAUUUAGAUAAAUGUAACUUAGAUUGUUCUAUUUGCUGAUAUUUUUAUAAAAUUCAAUGUUUAGCAAAUAAUAGAUAAAAAUGUAGUAAUAAAUAAAAACAAUGAAUUUUCUAAAAAGUACUUGCUUUUUAUAUUUUGUUUUGAUUUUUUACCUGCUUUUUUUGUAUUAUUUUGGACUCUAUUUUAUUUACCAAAUUAUAUAGCAGUUUUGAUAUUUUUGAAAGUAAUAUCAUUGAUUGAUGCAGAUACAUACACUUAAUAAUAAUUACUUCAUCAUGCAUCAAUAUAUUUUAUAUAUAAGGUUUUGAGAUUAAUGGUGAUUCUAUUAUUUGUAUUUAAUUGUUUUGGUUGUCUCUUUUAUGUAAUGGGAUUAAUAGGAUUAAAUUCAGAUGAAUAAUUAUCUUGGUUAGAUUUUUCAAGGAGUUAUAGUGGAAUAAUAGUAAAAGACUAGACAAGGAAUACAAAAUAUAUAAUAUCUACAUAUUGGGCAGUUGAAACAUUAACAUCUAUAGGGUUUGGAGACAUAACUCCUGUUAAUACUUAUGAAAUCUUUAUUACAGAUUUAGCAUUAUUUGGAUAAAUGUUUGUUAUUGUAUAUACAGUAUCAUAUAUUGUUUCUUUGUAAGACUAAAAAAAUCCUUAUGAUAAGAAUAUGCAGGCAAUUAAAAAGUUCAUGAAAAUUAAAAAUAUAUCUAGUGAUGUUGUCAAUUAAGUUUCAAUUUUUCUUGAAUAAUAUUUUUAUGAUUUCAAAAGAAGAGAUUAAAAAUCAGAACAAGAAGUUAUGAGAAAAUUAACUAAACCUCUAUAAUCAAAAUUAUUAUAUUAGGCAUAUUAAAAUUAAUUAUUAAAAAUAGAAUGGUUAUUUAAUCGUUUUUCAUUGCAAUGUUUAUAAGAUAUUGCAUGCAAAAUAAAAGAAGUAUGAAUAAUUAAUAUAUUUAGUUAUAUCUAGGAGCUGAUUAAAUUAUUGAAUAAGACAUAUAUGAUCCAAAAUUAUAUAUAGUAGUUAAUGGUAUAAUCAAUUUAACAUUAAAUGGAGUAUUGAUUAAAUCUAUUGAAAAAGGAAAUAGUUUUGGAAAUUAUGAAUUUGUUACUGGUAUUCGAUAAAGAUCUAAAGUUGCUAAGACUUAAACAUAUGCUACUUUAUAUUAUAUUAGUAGAUUAGAUAUGAUUGAAUGUUUAUAAAACUCAUUUGAAGAUUAUUAAAAAUUUUAAGAGAUCUAUGAUUUAGUAAUUUAUGAGAAAAAACUUGAAACUAUAGGAUUGUAUUGUUUAUUAUGCAAAAGUACAUCUCAUUUGACUUAAUAAUGUUAAUAAAUUAAUAUAAAAGAAAUGAUUUAAGAUUUUCAUUAAAUGGGAAUACAAUAAAGAUAAAAGUUUAAAAGAUCUAAGAAACGUCACGAUACAUAAAAUGAACCUAAAGAUUUUUUAUAAUACAAAUUUGACAUAAAAACUAAUUAUGAAAAUUUAGAUAUAGAUCUAAAAUGUAAAGCUUAUAAGAAAAUUUAAUUAAUUCCUUUCGUAAUGAAAAUGGAGAAAACUAAAGUUGAUCCAUUAAAAAUAAUAAGAGAUGUAAUUUAAGAAGCAAAUGAAAAAAAAUAAUUUAAAAUAUUACGUGCAUUACCAAUUAUAAAUUGUUCAAGUCCUUUUGUUGAUAUAUGGAAUUAUUUUAUAUUUACCAAUACUUUGAUGUUAUUUACUCUAGUUCCCUUAAUAAUAUUCUUCUAUAUAGAUUACGAUUCUUUCAAAUUAAACCCUUUUUUUAAAGGCAUGAGAUAUUAUUUUAUGGUAAAUAAUAAAUAUUAAAUUAGUUUAUCCUAUUUGCAGAUAUAAUAUUAAAAUUCAAUAUAAAUUACUAUUUUUUUGGUGCUCUCAUCACAUCUAGAAAAUAGAUAGGAGUGAGAUAUUUAUCUUCGUACUUUGUAUUUGAUCUGAUACCUGUACUUAUAUUAGUGUAUUUUGAUUUCAUAUCCACAUACACAAUUAUUUAUCUUUUAAUUUUAUUUAAAGCUGUAUCCUUUUUCUAAAUUGAAAAAUAAAUUUAAGAAAGAUUAAAACUUUAUCCAUCUAAACAUAAAACUUAUUUGAUUUUUAAAAUGUUCAUUGAAGUUCUAUAUUUAUAACAUUUUUGGGCUUGUAUGUAUUUUGCAGGUGGUGAAUAUAUGUAUUACAAUUAUCCAGGAACAAAGACUUGGUUAAAUGAUCCUAAAAGUCAUUUUGGAUCUAUUAUAAGUUUAAAUUAUUCAAAAUAAUAUUUACUCUCUUAUUAUUGGGCUGUUAAUGUUAUAACAACUGUUGGAUAUGGUGAUAUUUAUCCUUUAAAUAAUAUGGAAUGGUUUAUAAAUGAUUUAGCUCUUAUUUCAGCUAUUAUGAUUGCAGCAAUCAAUAUUACAAAUAUUGCAUUUAUUAGAGCAUCUUCAAAUCAAAAAGAAUAAUUAAAAAAUAAAAUUGCUAUUACUGCAUUUAUGAAAUAAAAUUUAAUUUCUAAACAAACAAGAAAUUUCAUUUUAACAUACAUGUUAAAUAGUGAAAUCUUAAAUGAUUAUAGAAAUACUGAAUUAGAAUUUAAAACUUUUGGAAUGCUACCUAAAUCACUCAAAAGUAAAUUAAUGGAUCAAGCAUAUUCUUCAGUUUAUACUAAUUUAUGGUUAAAUAAGUUUGACAGUGAAAUCAUAGCCUAAAUUGCAUAAGAAACUAAAGAGGUUUAUAAUAUAUUUUUAUAUUAGGCUUUUUUUAGUGCACAUGAAAAUAUCUUUUUAGAUAAUAUAUUUGAUAGUACUUGCUCUUUAUAUUUCAUUGAAAAAGGUUGUGUUUAAUUGUUUUAUAAUUUACCAAUAUCUAAUAAAGAUGAAACUCUUAUUGCUAAAUUAAAAGCAAAAGAAUCUUUUGGACAUUAUUCUUUUGUAACUGGAAUGAAACGUCAAGGUAGUAUAUUUUAUAAUAAUAGCUUCUGCCAGAAGCUAUAAACAUGUUCUUUUGAUCUACUUGGAGAGAAAUAAUUUUUUAAAAGCACUAUAAAAUAAUCUCAAAUAAGUAGCUUUGUUUGAAUAAAUCAAAUAUGAAGUUCUAUUUCUUAAUAAAUUAGAACAUUUUAAGAUCAAGUGUUAUACUUGUUAAUCUAGUGAACAUAUGAGUAUUUCUUGUCCAUUAACUUAAAUUAAAUAAAAUAUUAUGUUGACAUUUGAACCAAAGAAAAAAAUAAAUUUCAUAUAAUAAAGAGAAUAUCUUAAAAGAAAUAAGAAAACUACUACUUAGAGAUUUAAUUUAGAUAUCGAUAAAUAAUUUAUUAAGAAUUCUAACAAGAAACCUUUUAAAGAAAUCUUUUAAUAAAUUAAUUUUAUUAUUGAUGAAACCAAUUCCAUGUGA